AUCAUGAGUUAGGUUGAUAAAACGCUUUGUCUUUCUCAGGACUUUGUGAUCUGCGUGGAGAUGUUCCUGGCAGCUAUAGCUCAUCACGUGAGCUUCACGUACAAGCCUUACAUCCAGGAGGCCGAGGAGGGCUCCUGCUUUGACUCCUUCAUGGCCAUGUGGGACGUCUCCGACGUCAGGGCCGACAUCUCGGAACAAGUCCGCAAUGUCGGUCGAACCGUGAUGGGUCGCCCCCGGAAGCCAUACUUUGGUGAGGCGCAGAGCUCUGGCGAGCGCUCCGGCCUCCUCUCGUCGUCAGCCUCGCAGGACGCUAUCGGCGAGGCAGCGUCUGAUCCGCCGUCGCCUGGCGGGCGCUACCAGGGCAUGGGACGGACGCCGCACUCCCUGUCGGCCCCCGCCGGCCUCGGCCAUGGACAAGAAGUCGCAAGUGACGCAAGCAAGGACGAUGAUGAUGAUGAUGCUGCUGCUGAUGAUGACGACGACGACGGGGGCGGUGACGGCGGAGCCAAAGAGCCAGCCCAAGCGGAUCUGAUCGUCAUCACUUAGUGGCUUAAUCGUUCAUGAAUGGGCAGGCCCCGAUGACUUUGCUAACUAUGGCAAACCAAUUCAUAACAUGACAGCUGCAAGAAUGUUCCGUGUGGAAAUGACACUAUGUGGGAUCACACAAGUGACUCACACGUCUCAUUCAUAGACUUUGAAGUCACAAUUUAAAGCAAUAGCGCCUUCGCCAUUCAACCUCAUUUGUUACUGAUUUGCAGGGAUAUGCACAUCCGGGGUCAAAUUACUCACUAGUUAACAAUGUAUGUCAUGUACCAAUUUGUGCCAUGUAAGAAGAGUAUUUUAGGGCCACACUGAAAAAAGUCAAACUAAUAAGUACAAGAAUGAAGACAGAAUGUGAUGAGAAGAAAGGCGUACAUUUUUUAUCAGAAAAAAACACUACAAUUUUGUUC